AUGGCACUCAAUUGUGCAAUGCUCAGCCCAGCCCGCGCGCCCAUCCCGCUGCCCAACGAGCUGACAAUCAGGACGGUCGACGGCGGCGUCGAGGUUGCACUGUUCAUCCCUGACGGACCGCCGACGGGGUCGUCGAGUUCAGGAGGGUUGGGAGGUGCGAAGAAACUGAAAGACGUGGGACGGCUGUGGCUCACAGAUCAACGGCUAGUCUUCGUCUCUGAUGGAUCAAGCAAAUCGACAUCGCUCGAAUCGCUCUCAGUCCCGCUCACAACGCUCCUAUCCACCAAGUUCGAGCAGCCGUAUUUUGGCUCAAAUUAUCUGGGGCUCGAGAUCAAACCUGCACCUGAAGGCAGGCUGACGGAAGGCACGAAGGCAGAGAUACGCUUCAAGGAUAAGGGGAUAUUCGAGUUCGUGAGCGUGUUGGAGAAGACGCGCGAACGGGCGGUAUACAUGAAGCGGCAAUCCGCAGACGAGGAAGAGGGCUUGCCGACAUAUACACCUGGAGAUGCGGGGCCCUCGUAUAGCGGGGGAGUACCUGACGAUGCCCCUCCGGGUUAUGACGACUAG